UCAGGACACAUCAUUCCCUCUGUGAUACAGUGGCAACUGAAACAUGGAAGACCCAGACUCAAGGUUAUUCAAAUUUGAAGGAUAUUAUUUUCAUAAUAUAAAUAUUGAUACUGACUUUAUAGAAACAUUAAAAGAUUUUGAAACCAGAGAAGAUGAUAUCUUCCUAGUCACAUAUCCCAAAUCUGGAACCAUAUGGCUUCAACAGAUACUAAAAUUGAUUUAUUUUGAAGAAUAUCGAAAAAACACUGGAAAUCUGGAGACAGAUUUUCAAGUUCCCUUUUUCGAGUACUCUAAUCAAAUUAUGGAUUUUUUAAAAAUGCCAUCUCCUCGUCUCUUUUCUACUCACCUCCCAUACUACUUGGUUCCAAGUGGAUUGAAGAACAAAAAAGCCAAAAUUAUUUAUGUAUACAGAAACCCUAAGGACAUUAUGUGCUCAUAUUUUCACUUUUCAAAGAAGAUGCCAUUACCUGUUACAAGUACCAUUGAGGAAUUCAUGAAACUAUUUCUAGAAGGAAGAGUGAUGGGAAGCCUUUGGUUUGACCACAUCAAAGGUUGGUACAAGCACAAAAACCUCUUCAACAUUGAGUUCAUGAUGUAUGAGGAGAUGAAGAAGGAUCUCAGAGGUUCUAUAGUAAAAAUCUGCAAAUUUCUGGAGAAGGAAUUAAGUGAUGAGGACAUGGAUGCUGUGGUGACACAGGCCAUGUUUGAGAACAUGAAGUCUGACCCACGGGCAAACUAUGACGAUAUACUAAAGGUUCAAUUUGGGAUAGAAGAAAAAGGUCACUUCCUUCGCAAAGGUACCAUUGGAGACUGGAAAAAUUACAUGACUGUUGAGCAGAAUGAAAAGUUUGACAAGAUUUUCCAAAGGAAGAUGAAAGAUUUUCCCUUAAAGUUCAUCUGGGAUAUGAAUGAAGAAUAGAAUUCUAAGCAAUGCAAACUGUUUUAAGAAA